AUGAGACCCCUUCGCCCCCGGGCGCUGCCCGCCAGUUUCCCACGGCGGUACGUCAGUGGAACGGAGAGCCGCCCGUCCCUGACGACCGCCCCUACAACUACCAACUUGCUCCAGAUGUCGUCCCCCAAGCAGGAAAAGAAACCUGCUUCAUCGCCCCUGGCCCAGCUGCCGCUGUCAUCCAUCCUGCGCUCGCUCGUCAUCCUCUCCGUUUCCUCGUCAACCUUGCUCCUCAAACCGUGCAUCUACACCCUCUCCGUGCUGGCCAACCCGCAGACGCCGCUGCUCGACGUUGCCAGGAACCCGUUGCUCAACUUCCUCGUCAAACACACCAUCUACAAGCAGUUCAACGCCGGUGAAAACAAGCGGGAGGUGCAGCGGUCCAUCCGUGAGAUCAAGAACCUGGGCUACAAGGGUGUCCUGCUCGGGUAUGCCCGCGAGGUUCUUGUCGGAGAGAAGCAGGCCGAUCCCUUGGACGAUAAGGCUGGAAGUCAUGAUAUCAAUCUUUGGCUUGAGGGGACGCUGCAGACCGUCGACAUGGCGCAGGAGGGGGAUUUUGUUGCACUAAAAUUGACUGGAAUGGGUAACCAAGCUCUCGCUCUUCUGCAGCAGCAGGCCCCCCCCUCGGCAGCUAUGGAUGCUGCCAUCCAGAAGGUCUGUGAUCUGGCCAUCUCGCGCAACGUACGCCUGCUUGUCGACGCCGAGGAACAGGCAGUCCAGCCGGGCAUCGAAGCAUGGACCAUGAAAUACCAGAAAUACUGCAACGCUCCCGGCCAGGCCAUCUUCUACUCCACCUACCAGGCUUACCUGCGUUCCACCCCGGCUACACUAGCUAGGCAUCUCGAAACCUCGCGCCAGGAAGGGUACACGCUGGGCGUCAAGCUAGUCCGCGGGGCUUAUCUCAAGACAGAGCCGCGCCAGCUCAUCUGGGCCGAGAAGGAGGACACCGACAAAUGCUACGACGGGGUCAUCGAGGCCCUCCUUACUCGCAAAUACAACGCCAUGCUCCCCUCUGCCAACCCUGACCACGCCACCAGUCUCCCGCCCGUCAACGUCAUCGUCGCCACCCAUAAUCGCGACUCUGUCCGCAAAGCACACACCCUACGCGUCCAGCAAGCUCUUCAGCAAGGUGAGACCAGUGCAGAAGACCCGCACCUCGGCGUGAGUCUCAGCUACGCCCAGCUGCAGGGUAUGGCGGACGAGGUCAGCGGCGAGCUGCUCGAGGGCUUCCAGGAGGCCGCUGAGAGUGUCUCUCCCGCCACCGCCGCCGCCGCCGCCGCCACGCUGCAGACCCCGCACGUGUACAAACUGCUCACUUGGGGAUCCGUCAAGGAGUGCAUGGGUUUUCUUUUCCGCCGGGCGGUGGAAAACACUGAAGCAGUCGGACGGACGAAGCAGUCGCAGGAGGCGAUGCUUGCAGAGCUGAAACGAAGAGCAUCCGCGGCAGAAGUGUCCCGCACACUACGCCAGAUGAGCAGCGCGCAAUGCCGGGACCUGCUCAGCACCCUCUCCACCACACUGGCGACGAUGAGCUCCCAGCAGGAUACCACCCCCGCUAGCGAGCGCCUGGUCCAGCAGCCUCUCCGCAGCAGCAUCGCGACGAAACACAAGGACGUCGCGCUGUUCAUGCCCGUCUCCAACUCGGAGAUCACAGGGAUCAAGAACGUCUUCAUCCCGCACCGCGGGGGAGCCACCCUGGCGACGCUGAACAUCUUCUCCGCAGAGGGCGAGCUGCUGGGGCUCGUCGGGGCGACGGAGCUGACGGCGUUUCGCACCGCGUUGGCGACCAUGACGCUAUUCGAUCGGUGUAAAUGCACAUCUACGCCUCUUUCCCGCGAGAAUAUUCUCGUCUUCGGCGCCGGGCGGCAGGCGGAAUGGCAUGCUCGGCUCGCCUUGCUCUUGUCUUCCCCGGGGCAGAUCAAGCGGAUCGUCUUCGUCAACCGCGGGAGAACCCGGUUGGACGAGAUGGAGGCAGGCGGGUUGAAUGCCCUGCGGGCUCUUUAUCCGGGGGUUAUUCUUGAUACCCUUGCCCGGGACGAUGCCACAAAUUACGAGGACAGAUUACAGGCCGAGUUGGCAGCUUGCGACGUCAUCUUCAGCUGUACGCCGAGCGUGGAGCCCAAUUUUUCAUAUCCAUCUCUCCAACCCGUGGGUCAGAAACAACGCUUCAUCUCCUUGAUCGGCUCGUACCAGCCGCACAUGCAGGAGGUGGAUACCGACACCCUCCUCUCCGGCGGGGGAACAGUCUACGUCGAUUCUCGCGAGGCCUGCCUCGAGGAAUCGGGCGAGUUGAUCCGCGCCAAAGUGUCGGGGGGGCAGCUGGUCGAGCUGGGAGAGCUGUUCGAUUCGCUUGGGGAGGAUGGAUUGCUCGCUGUGCCGGCUGGGUGCAAUGUCGUCUUCAAGUGUGUCGGGAUGGGGAUCAUGGAUCUGGUGAUUGGGAGGAAGAUCAUGCAGUUGGCGAGUGAGCAAGGGGUAGGAUCUCACGUGGACUUUUAG